AUGAAGCUGUUCAUCUUCUCCGCCUUGGUCUGCUGCGCGCUGGCCUCGUUCGACUUCAGGUCCUACUCCAAUAUCACCGUCAUCGGCACGGUCAUCUGCGGGGAAAAGCGUAUCCCCGGCGUGCUCGUCGAGUUAAGAGAGGCCGGAGUCUUCGUGGACGAGACGCUCAACACCACCCGCACCGAUCUCCAGGGCAACUUCAAGAUUUUCGGUGAGAAAUGGGAAAUCGGAAGCAUUGAGCCCUACCUUCGGAUCAGCCACGCGUGCCGCCGGAACAAGCCGAACUGCGAACUCCGCAGUCCGUACCCGAUCCCCGACGACAAGAUCAACGGCGUCUACAACAUGACAUUCGUCAACCUCGACGUCGCCCAGCGCAAGGAAGAGGACGUCAACUGCAAA